CGCCAGACCCACCUCCGGGGGGCGGGCGAGGGGGGGCCGCAGACGCUACCCUGCGCAGAUCCCUAGUCGGGAGUGGCCGGCGCCCGCCUCGGCGUGGCGUGCUCGUUCCGCUGGGCCUGGCCGGGUGGUGACUUUCACGCAGGUCAUGCUGUUGUGUCCUGAUCCAGCCGGCCCUGCCAGGUGACCAUGCCUGCCCUGGGCCCAGCUCUUCUCCAGGCACUCUGGGCCGGGUGGGUCCUCACCCUCCAGCCCCCUCCACCGGCGGCUUUCACUCCCAAUGGUACAUAUCUGCAGCAUUUGGCUCAGGAUCCCACCUCAGGCACCCUCUACCUAGGGGCCACCAACUUCCUGUUCCAGCUGAGCCCUGAACUGCAGCUGGAGGCCACUGUGUCCACUGGCCCUGUGCUAGACAGCAGGGACUGUCUGCCACCCGUGAUGCCUGAUGAGUGCCCCCAGGCCCAGCCCACCAACAACCUGAACCAGCUGCUCCUGGUGAGCCCGGGGGCCCUGGUGGUGUGCGGCAGUGUGCACCAGGGCAUCUGUGAACAGCGGCGCCUGGGGCAACUUGGACAGCUGCUGCUGCGGCCAGAGCGGCCUGGGGACACCCAGUAUGUGGCCGCAAAUGACCCUGCUGUCAGCACGGUGGGACUGGUGGCCGAGGGCUUGGCUGGGGAGCCCCUCUUGUUUGUGGGGCGUGGCUACACCAGCAGGGGUGUAGGGGGUGGCAUCCCUCCCAUCACGACCCGGGCCUUAUGGCCACUGGACCCCCAGGCCGCCUUCUCUUACGAGGAGACAGCCAAGCUGGCUGUGGGCCGCCUCUCCGAGUACAGCCACCACUUCGUGAGCGCCUUUGCACAUGGAGCCAGCGCCUACUUCCUGUUCCUUCGGCGGGACCUGCAGGCUCAGUCUCGAGCCUUCCGUGCCUAUGUGUCCCGUGUGUGCCUCCGGGACCAGCACUACUACUCCUAUGUGGAGUUGCCUCUGGCCUGUCAGGGGGGCCGCUACGGGCUGAUCCAGGCUGCAGCGGUGGCCACAUCCUCGGAGGUAGCCCGGGGGGAAGUGCUCUUUGCAGCCUUCUCCUCGGCUGCUCCCCCUACUGUGGGCCGGCCUCCAUCAGCAGCUUCCGGGCCAUCUGGAGCCUCUGCCCUCUGUGCCUUCCCCCUGGAUGAGGUGGACCGCCUUGCUAAUCGCACUCGAGAUGCCUGCUACACUCGGGAGGGCCGUGCUGAGGAUGGGGCCGAGGUGGCCUACAUCGAGUAUGAUGUCAAUUCUGACUGUGCACAGCUGCCUGUGGACACUCUGGAUGCUUAUCCCUGUGGUUCAGACCACACGCCCAGCCCCAUGGCCAGCCGUGUCCCCCUGGAAGCCACCCCAGUUCUGGAGUGGCCAGGGGUUCAACUAACAGCCGUGGCGGUCACCAUGGAAGAUGGACACACCAUUGCUUUCUUGGGUGACAGUCAGGGGCAGCUGCAUAGGGUCUACUUGGGCCUGGGGAGUGAUGGCCACCCAUACUCCACACAGAGCAUCCAGCAGGGGUCUGCAGUGAGCAGAGACCUCAUCUUUGAUGGGGCCUUUGAGCACCUGUAUGUCAUGACCCAGAACACACUUCUCAAGGUUCCCGUGGCCUCCUGUGCUCAGCACCUGGACUGUGCGUCUUGUCUGGCUCACAGGGACCCAUACUGUGGGUGGUGUGUGCUCCUCGGCAGGUGCAGUCGCCAUUCUGAAUGCUCACGGGGCCAGGGCCCAGAGCGGUGGCUGUGGAGCUUCCAGCCUGAGCUAGACUGUCUGCGAGUGGCAGCUUUGAGUCCUGCUAACAUCAGCCGUGAGGAAAGGAGGGAGGUUUUCUUGUCGGUACCUGACCUGCCACCCCUGUGGCCCGGGGAGUCUUAUUCUUGCCGCUUUGGGGAAUACCAGAGUCCUGCCCUGCUGACCAGUUCUGGUGUGAUGUGCCCUUCCCCAGACCCUAGUGAAGCCCCAGAGCUGCCGAGAGGAGCCGACCAUGUCUCUAUGAGUGUGGAGCUCAGGUUCGGCGACGUGGUGAUUGCUAAGGCUUCCCUUUCCUUCUAUGACUGUUUGGCUGUCACUGCACUCUACCCGUCUGCACAGUGCCAGGCCUGUGUGAGCAGCCACUGGGGGUGUAACUGGUGCGUCUGGCAGCACCUGUGCACACACAAGGCUUCGUGUGACGCCGGGCCCAUGGUGGUCAGCCGACAGAGCCCGCUUCUCUCCCCAGCCCCUCCUGCAAGAGAUGCACCCACCCCCUUCCCACCCACAACCCCCAAGGCCAUGGUCAGCCCUGCUCCUGAUACCCUUCCCGUGGACACUCCUGCCACAGGCGCAGCCUCGGAGGUCCCCCCUGGGGCCCAGCCCUCCCUGCUCAGCCCCUGGGGGCCGUGGGCGGGUGCUGGCUCCAUGCCUGCCUCAGCCUCCACAGAGUCACCUCUCCACGAGGACCCUCCUGAUCCCAGGCCCCACAACAGACCUGGAGCCACUGUCCCUGCCCCCACGGCCUUCGGACCCAUGGCCACGCCUGAGGACCUCUUGGCCUCCCACCCAUCGCCCACAGAUGCAGCAGCGCUGCCCCCGCCUGCAGAGGCUAGCCCCGAGGCCCUCCCCUCUGCGGUACCCCAGGACCAGCCCCCCGGCACUGCUCCCGCCACCACUUUCCCAGGGGCCGCUGGCUCCACGAAGCCUGCUCUGGACUGGCUCAUGAGAGAAGGCGGCGAGCUGCCCGAGGCGGACGAGUGGACGGGGGGUGACACACCCGCCUUCUCCACUUCCACCCUCCUCUCAGGUGAUGGAGACUCGGCUGAGCACGAGGGUCCUCCCGCUCCCCUCAUCCUCCUGUCCAGCCUCGACUACCAGUACGACACCCCCGGGCUCUGGGAGCUGGAAGAGGUGACUGGGGGGGCAGGCUCCUGCCCUUGUGUGGAGAGCGUGCAGGGCUCCGUGCUGAUACCAGUCCACGUGCAGCGAGAAGUGCGGCUCUUGGGCAGGAACCUGCGCCUCUUCCAGGACAGCCCAGGAGACCACGAGUGUGUGAUGGAGCUGGAGGGCCGUGAGGUGGUGGUUGAGGCCCGGAUCGAGUGUGAGCUGCCUCCAGAUACCCGGUGCCACGUCACAUGCCAGCAGCACGAGUUCAGCUAUGAGGCUCUGCAGCCAGAGCUCCAUGUGGGGCUGUUUUUGCGUCGGGCCGGCCGCCUGCGUGUGGACAGUGUGGAUGGACUGCACGUGGUGCUCUAUGACUGUUCCGUGGGACAUGAGGACUGUAGCCGCUGCCAAACUGCCAGGCCCCAGUAUGGUUGUGUGUGGUGCAAGGGGGAGCGCCCACAGUGCGUGGCCCAGGAGGCCUGUGGCGAGGCUGAGGCUGUGGUCACCCAGUGCCCGGCACCCCUCAUCCACUCGGUGGAGCCACUGACUGGGCCUAUAGAUGGAGGCACCCGUGUUACCAUCAGGGGCUCCAACCUUGGCCAACAUGUGCAGGAUGUGCAGGACACGGUCAGGGUGGCUGGAGUGCCCUGUGCUGUGGAUGUUCAGGAGUACAAGGUGUCCAGCAGCCUUGUAUGUAUCACUGAGGCCAGUGAGGAGGAGGUGGCAGGUGUGGUGACGGUGGAGGUGCCAGGAAGAGGACGAGGCGUCUCAGAGCACGACUUUGCCUACCAGGACCCGAAGGUGCAUUCCAUCUUCCCAGCCCGAGGCCCCAGAGCCGGGGGCACCAGCCUAACCAUACACGGCUCCAAGCUCCUGACUGGGCGGCUAGAGGACAUCCGAGUGGUAGUUGGAGACCAGCCUUGUCACAUGCUGCUGGAGCAGCAGGUGGAGCAGCUUCGGUGUGAGACCAGCCCACAACCCGCGCCUGCAACACUCCCCGUGACUGUGUGGUUUGGGGCCACCAAGCGGAGGCUUCAACACAGCCAGUUUGAGUACACAUCAGACCCCAAUGUCACCUCUGCUGGCCCCACCAAGAGCUUCCUCAGUGGAGGACGUGAGAUUUGGGUCCGUGGCCAGAAUUUGGAUGUGGUACAGACACCAAGAAUCCGAGUGACUGUGGCCCCCAGACUACCGCAGCCGGGCCAGGGGCUUGGGCGGAGGCACCGUGUGAUCCCGGAGACAGCGUGCUCCCCCGGAGCCUCCUGUGGCGGCCUUCACUUCGAGGAGCCAUGCCAUGUGAACUCCUCCCAGCUUAUCACAUGCCGCACACCGGCCCUCCCAGGCCUGCCCGAGGACCCCUGGGUCCGUGUGGAAUUUAUCCUUGACAACCUGGUCUUUGACUUUGCAACACUGAACCCCACACCCUUCUCCUACGAGGCCGACCCCAUUCUGCAGCCUCUCAACCCUGAGGAACCCAGCACACCAUUCCGGCACAAGCCUGGGAGUGUGCUCUCUGUGGAGGGGGAGAAUCUGGACCUGGCAAUGUCUAAGGAGGAGGUGGUGGCCAUGAUAGGGGAUGGGCCCUGCGUAGUGAAGACGUUGACCCGGCACCACUUGUACUGUGAGCCCCCCUUGGAACAGCCCCUGCCCCGGCACCAUGCCCUCCGGGAGGCACCUGAUGCUUUGCCUGAGUUCACGGUGCAGAUGGGGAACCUCCGCUUCUCCCUGGGCUAUGUGCAGUAUGAUGGCGAGAGCCCCGUGGCCUUUCCCAUGGCAGCCCAGGUGGGCUUGGGGGUGGGCACCUCUCUUCUGGCUCUGGGUGUCAUCAUCAUUGUCCUCAUAUACAGGAGGAAGAGCAAGCAGGCCCUGAGGGACUAUAAGAAGGUGCAGAUCCAGCUGGAGAAUCUGGAGAGCAGCGUGCGGGACCGCUGCAAGAAGGAGUUCACAGACCUUAUGACCGAGAUGACUGAUCUUACCAGUGACCUUCUGGGCAGCGGCAUCCCAUUCCUUGACUACAAGGUGUAUGCUGAGAGGGUCUUCUUCCCUGGGCAUCAAGAGUCGCCCUUGCACCGGGACCUGGGUGUGCCUGAGAGCAGGCGACCCACUGUGGAACAAGGGCUGGGGCAGCUCUCCAACCUGCUCAACAGCAAGCUCUUCCUCACCAAGUUCAUCCACACCCUGGAAAGCCAGCGCACCUUCUCGGCUCGGGACCGAGCCUAUGUGGCAUCUCUGCUUACGGUGGCGCUGCAUGGGAAGCUUGAGUACUUCACCGACAUCCUGCGCACCCUGCUCAGUGACCUGGUGGCCCAGUAUGUGGCCAAGAACCCCAAGCUAAUGCUGCGCAGGACAGAGACUGUGGUGGAGAAGCUGCUCACCAACUGGAUGUCCAUCUGCCUCUACACUUUCGUGAGGGACUCAGUAGGGGAACCUCUGUACAUGCUUUUCCGUGGAAUUAAGCAUCAAGUGGACAAGGGGCCGGUGGACAGCGUGACUGGAAAAGCCAAAUAUACCCUGAAUGACAACCGCUUGCUCCGAGAGGAUGUGGAGUACCGUCCCCUGACCUUGAACGUGAUGUUGGCCAUGGGCCCUGGAGCAGGAGAAGCCCAGGGUGUGCCUGUGAAGGUUCUGGACUGUGACACUAUCUCUCAGGCCAAGGAGAAGAUGCUGGACCAGCUUUAUAAAGGAGUACCUCUUGCCCAGAGGCCAGACCCUCGCACCCUAGAUGUUGAAUGGAGAUCUGGGGUGGCCGGGCAUCUCAUUCUUUCAGAUGAGGACGUGACUUCUGAGGUCCAGGGUCUGUGGAGGCGCUUGAACACCCUGCAGCAUUACAAGGUCCCAGACGGAGCAACUGUGGCCCUCGUCCCCUGCCUCACCAAGCAUGCUCUCCGGGAAAGCCAGGAUUAUGUCCCUGGAGAGAGGACCCCAAUGCUGGAGGAUGUGGACGAGGGGGGCAUCCGGCCCUGGCACCUUGUGAAGCCAAGCGAUGAGCCGGAGCCUCCCAGGCCUCGGAGAGGCAGCCUUCGGGGCGGGGAGCGGGAGCGAGCCAAGGCCAUCCCUGAGAUCUACCUGACUCGCCUGCUGUCUAUGAAGGGAACCCUGCAGAAGUUUGUGGAUGACCUGUUCCAGGUGAUUCUCAGCACCAGCCGCCCUGUGCCACUCGCUAUCAAGUACUUUUUCGACCUGCUGGAUGAGCAGGCCCAGCAGCACGGCAUCUCUGACCAGGACACCGUCCAUAUCUGGAAAACCAACAGCUUGCCCCUGAGGUUUUGGAUCAAUAUAAUCAAAAAUCCGCAGUUUGUGUUCGACGUGCAGACAUCUGAUAACAUGGAUGCAGUGCUCCUGGUCAUUGCACAGACCUUCAUGGAUGCCUGCACCCUGGCUGACCACAAGCUGGGCCGGGACUCCCCCAUCAACAAACUUCUGUAUGCUCGGGAUAUUCCCCGUUACAAACGGAUGGUGGAAAGGUAUUAUGCAGACAUCCGACAGACCAUCCCCGCCAGUGAUCAAGAGAUGAACUCCAUCCUGGCCGAGCUGUCCAGGAACUACUCUGGAGACCUGGGGACGAGAGUGGCCUUGCAUGAGCUCUACAAGUAUAUCAACAAAUACUAUGACCAGAUCAUCACUGCCCUGGAGGAGGAUGGCACUGCCCAGAAGAUGCAGCUGGGCUAUCGGCUCCAGCAGAUCGCAGCAGCUGUGGAAAACAAAGUCACGGAUCUCUAGGGACUCAGAGAGCCCUCGCCUGCUGUUGCCUCAGCCCUGCCUGGGCAGCCCCGGAACUGUGAGGGAGAGACCACCUUCUUAGAUGCCUGUAGUGCCUGACCAGCAGAGUUAGUGGAUGGUGGCUCCCAGUCUCCUGGUGGCUCUGGCCUGGGCCUUGCUGGACUCACCUUGCAGGCCUGGGGCCUUAAGGCUAAUGGGUUGGUUGCCCAGCCUGCUCCCUGGGCCCAGUGACCCUGUCUGUGGGCUAUUCUCUGUGUGACAUCAGUCUGCAGGGAGCUGGGGACUGCGGGCUUGCAGAAAGAGGCUGGAAAGGGCCUCCAGCCCUGGGGAGACUGUGCUGUUCCUGAACACGGGCCUCUAUCCCAGUGGGAUGCAGACAGGAAGGAGGAGAGCCCCCAUUUCCUGUCCUGCCCUCCUUCUCAUCAUCCCUGACCUCAGCCGCUCUGGCCUUGCUGCUGUCAUGUUCUUAGGUCUGAGAGAUGAAUGCCUUUCCUGGGCCACUGCACACUGACCCCUCAGCAGGGCAGGCUGCCUCAGGGCCACCCAGCCUCUGAGGUAGCCAGUGGUGAGGGGGUCUGUGGCAGGGAGGGCCUUGGGGAGAGUGGUGGUCCCACUGAUCCACCUCUUCAUUAAAGGAUAACACAUUA